GGGCCCUGGGGGAGGCUGAGAGGAGGCUAUGUCCUUCAGGUCUCUGGCUCAGACAAUGCUCCUGGGGAAUAGCUUCCUUUUGGGCAUCCAGUCAACCUCAGAGGCCCCUCCUGCCUUCAGGACUGAUGAGAGGGGAAGACACAGGUGAAUUAUAACGAGGAGCCUUUUGCAUUUUGCACAUUGCAAAAUGACCUCCAUCCAUCCAUUGGCUCUUCGGACACUGACCAAAGUCCCAGAGUCACACUGGUGCUAUGAGAUUCAAGCCAAGGCCUCCAACUAUGCUUGCUCAGGGCCCAGCCAGUGGGGUGAAGACUGCCAGAAGAGCCGCCAGUCCCCCAUCAACAUUGACACUACAGAGGCACAGGUAGACUCAAACCUGGGACCCUUCUCCUUCUCUGGCUAUGACAAGAAGCAACAGUGGAGAGUCCAAAACAAUGGGCAUUCAGUAAUGGUGUUGCUGGAUCAAGAGGCCUCCAUCGCUGGAGGGGGACUGAGUACCCAGUACCGGGCCUUGCAGCUGCAUCUGCACUGGUCGGAGGAGAUGGACGGGGGCUCCGAGCACACCAUCAAUGGGAAUCGCUUUGCCAUGGAGAUGCACAUAGUACACGAGAAAGAGAAGCGGCCAUUGGAGAAUGAGAAGGAGGCCCAGGAUUCCAAAGAUGAGAUUGCAGUGCUGGCCUUCCUGGUGGAGGCUGGAUCUGAAAAUGAUGGCUUCCAGCCUCUGGUGGACACACUGUCUUCUGUCCCCAGACCCAAGAUGAACACCACAAUGAAAGAGAGCAUCAGCCUGUUUGACCUCCUCCCCAAGAAGGAGAAAUUGAGGCAUUACUACCGCUACCUGGGCUCACUUACUACUCCAGGCUGCCAGGAGAAGGUUGUCUGGACCGUGUUCCAGGAGCGCAUUAAGCUCCACAGGGAUCAGAUCCUCGCAUUCUCCAAGAAGCUGUACUAUGAUGUGGAUCAGAAACUGAGCAUGACAGAUAACAUCAGGCCUUUGCAGCGCCAGGGCCAGCGCGUCGUGUUCAAGUCUCAGGCCCCAGGACAGCUGCUGCCCUUGCCUUUGCCCACCCUGCUGGUCCCCAUGCUCACCUGCCUGAUGGCUGGCUUCCUCCAAUGAUAGCUCCCUUCUGGACACUUGACCUCUGCUCUCAGCCUGUAGAAGCCUGGGGCCUCCAUUCCUCAGGCUUCCUACCUUGGAUUUUGAUGAUGAUUAAAUGGAUAUAUUUUUGGAGAAAA